AUGGAAAAUGGUCGUUUCCCUUGUCCUCUUCAACAUGAUUUUCCUGCUGGUCUGCGAGUCCUCCUUGUCGAUCAUGAUCCAACAUGUUUGCAGAUUCUUGAAAGGAAGCUCAAGAAGUGCGACUAUGAAGUGACUGCUUGUUGUUUAGCAAGACAUGCUCUGAACUUGCUUCGUGAAAGGAAGGAUGGAUACGAUAUAGUGAUCAGUGAUGAAAACAUAUCUGACAUGGAUUGGUUGAAACUCCUUGAGCAUGUUAGACUCGAGAUGGAUCUUCCUUUCAUUAUGAUGUCUAAGGAUGGAGAAACAAGCAAAGUGAUGAAAAGCGUCCAACUUGGAGCGUGUGCUUAUCUCCACAAGCCUGUACGAAUCAAAGAACUAAAAAUUAUAUGGCAACAUGUAUUAAGAAAAAGGAUAGAUGAGGCUAGAGAAUUUGAAAGUUUUGAGAGCAUUCACUUGAUGAAAAAUGGAUCAGAACAGUCUGAUUAUGGAGACCUGAUUGCUGGAGAAGGUAUGACCUCAACCAAGAAAAGAAAAGUUGCAGAUAACAGAGAAUUUUCCGAUCCAUCUACCACAAAGAAAGCUAGAUUCGUUUGGUCUGACGAUCUUCAUUACAAGUUUGCUAAAGCGGUGAAUCAGAUUGGACUAGAUAAAGCUGGUCCCAAGAAAAUACUAGAUUUGAUGAAUGUUCCAUGGCUGACUAGAGAGAAGAUUGCUAGCCACUUGCAGAAAUACCGGCUUUACUUGAGUAGGCUUCAGAAAGACGGCGGACAAAAAUCUUCCUCAAAAGGUAACCUUACAUCGUUUGAUUGUGCCAUCCCAACACAGUACUCUUGGACUGAAGUUCCAGGAAUGCAACUCAGAGAAGAACAGAAGUCAAUUGUUCAGUUAGAGGAUAGCUUCAACCAGUUGCCGCCAUUACUUGGAAAGCAGCACCAUAUCCAAGUUGAUCAAUCACAAUCAAUUGCUUCAAUUAGUUCCACUCCCGCAAUAACUGAGGCAGGGAUUCCUGCUUGUAUAGAAACAAAAUCUUUGUUUUCUGAUUACCAGAGCAGUCACACCAGUUCUGUGAGUUCCGAAGUGAGUGCACUUGACACCUUUCCGAUUCAACCUGGAAGCCUUAUGAUGAGUGAUCAACCUUUACAACCAACACCCGCUGCAAAUUUAGGCUUGAAAACACAGGGAUCUAAUCUCAGUUCCAUUUCUGAUUUAGAGUUUUACCAAAGAAACCUACUUUUGGGAGGUGAUACUCCUGCUUCUUUGGAUGAGGACUUAUAUUCUUACUGGAUACAAGGUGGAUGCUAUAAUAUGAACUUCGGUCUGCAGAGUACAGCUAUGACUGAGUUUUAUGAUCCAGGGUUUAUUACAGAAGUUCUGCCCCUCUUAUAUGAUUCAACUGAUUAUUCAGGUAUAGAUCAAAUCUAUUCAUAGCAUGAUCUCUCUGCUCUUUGCUUCAACUUGAACAAAAAUGAAAAUUCAUGCUAGAGUGGGAAAUGUAAUGUUACUUCUAGCUAGUUAUAUCUAGCAGUGAAGAAUUUCGAUUGCAAGUGUUGGGAAUUCUUUUUCCAAUCAUCAAGGAUUUGGACAUUGCAGCUUUGUAUAGAAGUGGGGAAUCAAGAAUCGAUUAAUUGUUUGACUAUGAAUUGGAUGUUUUGCAUGUGGAAGGAAUAUUCUUAAGUUUUGAAUUGUUUUUUUUUUUCUUUCUAAAUUUAGGUAGUUACUGUGAUGAUUUCAAGUAUGUAUUCAUUAUGGUUACUAAUGCACGUUUCAUCAUGCUAUCAUGUUUAAUGAUUGAUUAGGAGUGUCUAAUUAAAGUCACAGUAGCCAAUUAACCUUUUGCA